AUGCCGCUCCAUCUCCCAAUCCCCAAAACACAACCAGACCUAGCAAACUUCCAAUUCCCCAAACAACAUCAACCCCGCUCAUCAGACCAACACCCCGACCCUCCGUCCCAAACGAUCUCCCUCCCCUCCCUACCCCCUCUCACCCCGAGUCGGUCAAACAUCCUCUCUUCCCCACUCUCCACCCCUACUCCUACAUCGAGCAAACCUAUCGGUCUGGGGAUCUUCUCACCCCCGGAGGCCCAAGCGCAGGAGCGGAAAAGGAAGCGCCUGGAAGCGUUUGACCGCAAUAUUACAUCAGUUGACGACCCUGGUAUUGGCAGAUUGGGGAUGAAGACUCUCCCCCAGGGGGAGGGAAGGGUACUCGUACCACUCUAUCCUAAGCCUGUGUCCGACUCGGACGAGCUUCGAGCACGCAUGCGCCUCCAGACGGGAUGGACUUCGGAUGCCCAGGUACACAGACUCGCUGAGAUACCUGUGCUGCCGAAGAGGGAGGCGCUGGACAGAGGAGGGAGAGAGAGACGCAGGCUAUUGGAACGUUUUCUCGAGAGCGAGGAUGAUGAGCCUGAGCAGGAGGGUGUGAGCGGGACUAUGAGUGCGGACCGGGGAGGGAGAGGGAAGACCGUCUUGCUUCCUUUUCCCAGUGCCCCGGGACAGAGGCCCUGGAUCCCUGGGUCCGGAGAUGCCAUGCUCGCCCUUCUUGCUGCAACACGUUCUCGCCGGCGGCUGAAGCUCUCGUCCCGCGCUAGGGAGUCGUCUCUGAACCUCUCGAGCGCCUCUGACCGAGACCUCGACGCAGAAGAAAAGACAGAGGUCGUCAACUGCGUUUGCGAGAGUGGGACGGACGACGGCACUAGCAUGGUACAGUGUGAUGCUUGCGAGUGCUGGAGCCAUAUGGCUUGCGUUGGGGUCGACCCCCUAGACCUGCCUGAACAAUGGUUCUGCACGGAUUGUGCUCGGGUAAGGAAGGGCAAGGCCCGUGCCCGCCCGGGGGGAAGAACAACACGCGCGGGUACACGAGCCGCCGCUGGGACAGCAGAGAAACGGCAAGAAGCAAAGGGGAAACCCAAGCUCCGCGACCGGGCAAAGCGCACCAAGAGCGGCUUGCACUCGCCUCCUCCUACCGAACUCACCCGCACGAAAAUCCUGUUCGAAGAGCCUGUCACUCCCACUCGACCCCAGCGAGAGCCUACUUUCGCCCCUGCUGACGACUCGGGCAUCCACGGACGAGCAGCGAUGCGCAUGGCCGGGGCAGAGAUCCUCGUCCCUCGCACGCCUACGCCGAGUAUGAGGACACCCUGGCUCUCUGAGCAGCAGUUUGUCCUCCCCAGCCCAGAGCGGGAGCGAGUCGCUCCUGAACCAGGGGGGUAUGCGGUACUCACCCCUCUCUCAAGCAGGAAAACACGGGUAUACUCGAAUACCUACGGCUCGCCCUACCCUCCGCAGCCGAUUUCGCCCCUCCGCUACGGUCCGAAGCAGUAUCGCCCUGACCCGGUGGGACACUGGCACACCCCUAGAAUGUCGGACGACUCUGAUCGAGGGAGCCCGGAUACACGGCGGUUCCCUCCAGGCAACCCCAAUCUCGAUUCCGGCUCAGGAUCGGGAUCGGGGCCGACCAACGUCUACGGGCAGACGUACUCCCAUUCUCUUUCUCAUUCCCACUCUCGCUCGUACUCCAAUCCAGCUGCAUACGACUUCUCCUCCACCCCCUCCCGCGGGCUCAAAUUCGGCGCUCCCUUCUCCGGACCCCUCAUGACCCCUCUCAACUUUGGCCCAUUCCCCCCCGCUCCAGGCAAACGGCGCAGCUGGGAAGCACCGACUGGGUUCGUACCGCCCAAACCUAAUUUUGGCCUGCUUACCCCUGUGGUGGGGGACGACUCCCCUCCGCGGGACGGGCAGAAAACCCACAGCUAUGGAUUGGUGCCCACGGGUCCGGAGGGGCAGAGGCCUGGUCUGUCCGCAACUCUGGGCUCGGGACAAGUCAAACCCCAACCCAGCGCAGCGCACGCAGGGCCGCUAGGUGCCCCCUUCUCCCUCAUCCCGGAGCGGGGGAGAGUACUCAAGGAGGAGAGCGACGAGGAGGGGGAUGUGGGACGUGAGUCUGCCUUGGGAUUCCUGCAGUGGCAUGGCUGA